UUUUGUUUUCUAAAAUUUUCCAAUUGUUUCAAUUAUUGGAACAAUUUAUUAUCUUUGACUAGUUCAUUAUCUUUAGUUUUUAUUGUGUUUAUUUUACUUUUAUGAUGGAAGGUAAAGGUGAUACUGUCAAGGAAGAAAUUGCCGAUCAAAAUGUGGCUCAAUAUAAACUGGAAAAGGAACAAGAAUUAAGAUUUGAAAUUGAUGGAAAAGAAAAGGUUCUAAUUGAAUUAAGCUCUGGAUUAGCUGAGAUAUUUGGUACCGAAUUGAUUAAAGGUAAAAAGUAUGAAUUCUUCAAAGGGACUAAAGCUGCUGUUUUCACUUGGCAUGGAUGUACCAUUGAUGUUAUUGGCAAUUGCAGUCGUAUUUAUAUUGAUCAAGAUACUCCAAUGAAAUUUUAUGCCAAUGUUCAUGGUGGAUUAGAAUUGUUGAGAAAUGAUUGUAAAGAGAAUGGUAAUCGAGGACCUUUCACUUUAAUUGUUGGACCUUCUGAUACAGGGAAAGCCACUUUAUCUCGGAUACUUUGUAAUUUUGCUAUUAGAAGAGGUAAAUGUCCAGUUUUCAUAGACCUUAAUGUGGCCUCUAAUAGUAUUGGAAUACCAGGAACCAUCGGCGUAAAUGUUAUGGAAAGAUUAUCCGAUUUAGAGGAUAAAACAUCUCCAACUGCUCCUCUUAUAUUUCACUUCGGUGCUCUGACACCCGAAGCCAAUACUGCUUAUUAUAAUUCAUUGGUAACUCGAGUCGCUGAAGUUAUCGCAAAGAAAGUUGAACAACAUAAACAUGUCAGAUAUUCUGGAGGUUUUAUCAACACUUGUAACUGGGUUGCCAGUGAAAAUGGUUACAAAACUUUACUCCAUAUCGCUGCCGCUUUCGAAGUAGAUGUGAUCUUGGUUCUCGAUAUGAAAAGUUUAUGCUACGAUUUAACCCAAGAAUUGCCAAAAUCAGUUAAAAUAAUCGACACACCGAAAUCAAGUGGUGUUGUCCGUCGAAAUGCCGCUUAUCGAGAUGAAAUGAGAGAAGAGCGGAUAAGACGUUAUUUUUAUGGUUCUUUUAAAUCAAGUGGUCCACCCAAAUUCUCGCCCUAUGCUUUUAACAUUCCCUUUUCACAAUUAAAAAUCUACAAAGUGAGUUCAGUUUCAACUCCAGCCUCGUGUCUUCCCAUAGGAAUGACACCUCGAGAAGCCCAAACGCAGCUCAAUCAGAUCACACCCGAUCAAUCGAUAACCCGCCACAUCCUUGCCGUUAGUUUUGCUAACAAUGCUGCCGAUGGUGCCAAGUCCAAUGUUAUGGGAUUCGUUUGCGUCACUCAUGUUGACAAUAAACGAAACUCGAUUAGAGUUCUAUGUCCACAACCAGGCCCGAUUCCUCCAGGCUCGAUACUCUUAUAUUCUGAUGUCCCAUUCCAAGAUUCUGAUUAAUCAGAAAUCCCCCUCUUGUUUGUUGUAAAUUAUACCAUUAAAAUUUUUCUAAUUACACAUUAAAUAUUAGAAAGAAAAAAAUUA